AUGAGACAGUUGGAUCAUCUGGAUAACCUUGAGCAGUGCCAGAACGAGUGGCGACUCAAGACCAAGAAUUGCCACAGCGAAGCUAUUUCUAGAGAUCCACAGAGGCUGAACUCUCCCCAUUCCUUGCGUGCAUACGCAACAUGUGGCAUCGUUCCCCCCACAGCUCUAGGGGCACCCACCCUGCGUCAGCAACUUGAAGAGGGAGUGGACGGUGCAUCUUGCGUUGACCGAAGCGAUCCCACUGGCAUCACAACUCAGGACGCACUGAAUGCAUGCAAUGAGGCGGGGUUUCCCACAGGCUCUACGCAGCAAAAAAUGCGGGUCAAUGAAAAUUUUAUGCAUCACGUGGAUAACCGUAAAGAUGUGCUGCUCCGGGCGGAGAUCCGUCGUCAGCUGAUUGCGGAGGAGGUCUUUGAGCGGCGACGGAGGGCGCACGUUGAGGGUAACAGUGUGCUCAGCUCGUUUCGUUGUGAAUUGAGCUCUCCGGAUUCAGCUGAGCACGGGGUCUUCCCAGUCUCGUCGCCGACCAACAAGAACACGGUUGCUGCCGAGCGGUGGGCUGCGCAUCCCAGGAGCGACACCGCGAUGACCUCAAUACAACAACAACGACCGGAAGCAAAAGAACCAGCACGAAGACUGCUGGAGCGAGGAGUCUUGGGCGGUUCUUCAGCUGAUACCGUACCUGAUGGAACUGUUGUACAGGGUGCCCCGGUAGAGACGGUGGCAGAAGAUGAUCACCCAUCGAAGAGAGCGAUGACAAACACAGCGGCGGACACAGCUGUCAAGGCGAGGGAGGCACCAUUACACGAGGAUGACGCACCACCAGCACCCCCCAUUUCUCCCCGUGAACAGGGGGAGGUGUUUUACUACUAUUGCGCAAAUGCCACCGUUGCUGGACGGAUUUUAGAGUGUCGUGAACAGAGUCUCUCUUGA